UUUGUCCCCGAUUUCUUAAUUAUAAUUUCUAAAUCCUGGUUAAUACUUCUUUUUCUUGACUUUAAAUCCUGGAGUGGAAAAGAGUUAGAAAAUUCUAUUUUUUUUCCACCGUUUUCUAGGCAAAUUCAUGAUUGAAACACUAGGAAUUUUCCAAUUCUCUCCUUCUCUUUUGAAUUUAUCUAGAAAUUGUCUGUUGUCUGUUCAAGUUUCUUAGCUUUUAUAUAUUCUUUUCUUUUCUUGCCGCACCAGAGUAGUAGGCAUGUUUGUUUUCUCUUUGCUACCAAAGCUCUGGUCUUUAUCUCGGGUCUGACAACAGGGUGUGAGUUAAGAGUGGUUUCCUAGCAUGGGAAGCAUGAGGCGUUGUUGUUGUUGGAUUCUGAUGUAAACCUUACCUAAUACGAGAGGGAUCCAUUUCAGGUUUUGUUUUGUUUUGUUAACUUCUCCGUAUCUUCACUGGAAGCAGGUUUUGGCACCUGGUAUCUGGUUUAUAGAUCUCAAGUUCAAUGGGAAACAAGAGGAGGAAUGCUGUUCUUUGCCUUGUGCUUCUGUUCUGGUUCUACACUCCUUCAAGUGGAUUGCUCUCUCCGAAGGGUGUUAAUUUUGAAGUGCAAGCACUAAUGGGUAUAAAAGCCUCUCUGGUGGAUCCUCGUGGUGCUCUUAGUAAUUGGGAUGGAGAUUCCGUCGACCCAUGUAGCUGGGCCAUGGUCACUUGUUCUCCCGAGAGUCUGGUGAUUGAACUAGGGGCUCCGAGUCAGAGCUUAUCUGGUACUCUUUCUCCAAGUAUAGGGAACUUGACAAAUCUCCAGAUGUUGGUCUUUCAGAACAACAACAUCUCGGGACCGAUUCCCCCAGAGCUUGGGAAGCUCUCAAAACUUAGCUCUCUCGACCUUUCUAAUAACUUCUUUACUGGUCAAGUUCCCGCUUCACUAGGCCACAUGAAAAGUCUCCAAUACCUGAGGCUUAAUAAUAACAAUCUCUCUGGAGCAUUUCCUUCUUCUUUGGGCAAUAUGACCCAACUUGCAUUUCUGGACUUGUCUUACAAUAAUUUGAGUGGCCCUGUUCCCAAGUUUCCUGCACGAACAUUCAACAUUGUAGGAAACCCUCUAAUCUGCACAACAGGCUCAGAGCAGUACUGCUACGGAACGAUGCCUAUGCCAAUUUCCUUCAAUUUGAGUAGUUCAGAAAGUGUCCAACCUUCAGGAAGACCAAGAAGUCACAAAGUGGCCCUUGCUUUUGGGUCAAGCCUAGGCUGUGUCUGUCUGCUCAUUCUUGGAUUGGGAUUUCUUUGGUGGAGGCAAAAGCACAACCAACAGAUAUUCUUUGAUGUUAAUGAGCAACAUCAUGAGGAAGUUUGCCUUGGAAACUUGAAGAGGUUCCAAUUCAGGGAGCUUCAGAUUGCGACAAACAACUUCAGUAGCAAAAAUAUACUUGGAAAGGGUGGCUUUGGGAUUGUCUACAAAGGGUGUCUCCAAGAUGGGACCAUUGUGGCUGUAAAGAGGCUCAAGGAUGGAAAUGCCAUAGGAGGGGAGAUUCAAUUUCAGACGGAAGUUGAGAUGAUAAGCCUAGCAGUACACCGCAAUCUGCUAAGACUCUAUGGGUUUUGUAUGACAGCCACAGAGAGGCUUCUUGUUUACCCUUACAUGUCCAAUGGGAGUGUGGCUACCCGUCUCAAAGGAAAGCCAGCAUUGGAUUGGGCCACCAGGAAGAGAAUAGCCUUGGGGGCUGCAAGGGGUCUAUUAUACCUUCAUGAGCAGUGUGAUCCAAAGAUAAUUCACAGGGAUGUGAAGGCUGCCAACAUAUUACUUGAUGACUACUGUGAGGCUGUGGUAGGGGAUUUUGGGUUGGCAAAGCUUUUGGAUCACAGGGAUUCACAUGUCACCACAGCUGUGAGGGGAACUGUGGGGCAUAUAGCCCCUGAGUAUCUCUCCACAGGCCAGUCCUCAGAGAAAACAGAUGUGUUUGGGUUUGGGAUUCUCCUCCUUGAACUAAUUACAGGUCAGAGAGCUCUGGACUUUGGCAAGGCUGCAAACCAGAAAGGAGCUAUGCUUGAUUGGGUAAAAAAGAUUCACCAGGAAAAGAAGCUUGAUGCUCUUGUUGACAAGGAUAUGAAAAACAACUAUGACCGAGUCGAGCUUGAGGAAAUGGUUCAAGUGGCUCUCUUAUGCACUCAGUACCUUCCAGGACACAGACCGAAGAUGUCUGAAGUUGUUCGAAUGCUUGAAGGUGAUGGGCUUGCUGAGAGAUGGGAAGCUUCCCAGAGAGCUGAAGCAACCAAAUGCAAACCCCACGAGUUUUCCUCGUCAGAACGGUACUCUGAUCUCACAGAUGACUCUUCUUUACUUGUCCAAGCAAUGGAGCUCUCAGGCCCAAGGUGAAUUACUUUGAAAAAGAAGAAAUAAAACAGAACAGAAAGACAAAGGAAGAAUCCCAUCAUUAAAACUACACAAAAGAAUCCAGAGGCUGUUCAAAAGAAUCUGGCCUCCAUCAAAAGAGUUUUGUUGUAUAGUAAUAUUAGUAUAUCAGAGCACUGGAUGGUUAUGAUGUUAAUUCCCGAAUCCUGGCUGUACAGAAUUUGAUUUUGAGAUACUGACAUUAAUUGUAACGAGUGUUCCAUGCCCUCCCAGUUGAGUGAGAAUCUCAAUUGGGGGAUGUCCAUUUAGGAUCAUGAGGUUGUGGGAAUAAUGUUCUUGACAAUGGUUUUUCUUUUGU